AUGAAGAUUGUUGGGUUGGUAUCGGGUGGAAAGGACAGCUGUUAUAAUUUGAUGAAAUGUCUGCAAAACGGUCACCAGAUCAUCUGCCUGGCCAACCUUUAUCCGCCAUCGUCGAACUCAACUGAUGAAAUCGACAGUUAUAUGUAUCAAAGUGUUGCUUACAUGGGUGUUCAAUUGUAUAGUGAGGCAUGUGAAUUGCCUUUGUAUCGACGGGAAAUAAAGGGAAAGCCGAUGAACGUUGACGCUGACUACAAGCCGACAGAUGACGACGAGGUGGAGGAUUUGUACGAGUUGCUCGCUGAUGUCAGAUUGAAGCAUCCGGACGUUGAAGGUGUUUCGGUAGGCGCAAUAUUAAGCAGUUAUCAGAAGAAACGCGUUGAGAAUGUUUGUGAUCGUUUGAACAUGAAGGUGUUGUGUUAUUUAUGGGGAAUGGAUCAGUCGAAGUUACUCGAUGAAAUUAUUAACUCACAAAUCGAUGCCAUCGUUGUUAAAGUUGCUGCUUUGGGUCUUAAUUCAAAACAUAUUUCUCAGUCCCUUGUUGACGUAUGUUUCAUUGUUCACUUACCAAUUUUUCUUACAAGUUUAUUUUAG